AUGAACACCGUCAUGGCCAUCGACUGCUUCUGUGUUACUACUGAUGAUGAUGUUGCCGCUGGUCGGCAGCCCCAGCGCAAGUUCAAUCUCAGUGGUCGUUGCGAGGAACUCGGAGGAAAACCUGAUCUCGAGUCGCGCACUUGUGAGCUACUCCCGGAUGCUGCUGCCUUUACUGAGGCAGAUUGUAGCAUUGAUUCUGGUGACAGAGUCUUUGUUCCCAAUUGCUUUGCUUCUGUUCUCUAA